CCCGAAGCUCAACGGGCAAAUCAUGGUCCGGACUUAGGCGCCUCUCCCCUCUAAAGCCCUCCUUCUACCCCUUGAGCUCCCUUUGCACUUCUGCUUAUCAUUGAGCUCUUCGUUGCCACAAUGAGUUCACUCGCCUUGCAAUUCGCGAAGUUUCUGAGACUCUCUAAUUCUACCUCACUUACUUCUUCUCUUGUGGUUUGUGUGCAAAGAAGCUCAAAGCCGCGGUACUCAACUAUGUCAUUCAAUAGUAACAAUAGUGAUGGAAAGAAUGAUGAUGUCGAAGAAGAUUUUGAUACCUUUCUUGGUGACAAGGCAGUGGAGCUACAACCCCAAGGUGUGGAUCCUAGAAGGGGUUGGGGUUUUCGGGGCGUCCACAAGGCAAUUAUAUGUGGAAAAGUUGGGCAAGCACCUUUGCAGAAGAUCUUAAGAAAUGGUCGAAUGGUAACCAUCUUUACGGUUGGGACUGGGGGCAUGUUUGACCAAAGAAAUCUAGGAGCGAAAGACUUGCCAAAACCUGCUCAGUGGCAUCGAAUUGCUGUGCAUAAUGAACUGCUUGGAGCUUAUGCAGUACAACAACUCAUUAAAAACUCUUCUGUUUAUGUUGAGGGAGACAUUGAAACAAGAGUUUACAAUGAUAGCAUUAAUGGUGAAGUUAAAAAUAUACCAGAGAUAUGUGUUCGUCGUGAUGGGAAAAUCCACCUUAUAAAGACUGGAGAAAGUAUUAGCAGUAUAUCCUUCGAUGAUCUUCGGGAAGGAUUGUCUUAGCAGAGAGUCAAAUGAAAUGGUCUGGAAGUGGCACUUACGGAAAAAGUGAGCUGUUGAAGCCUCACUUUUGUCAGGAAUAUCCUGUUCAAUUAACUGGACUGUAGCCAGGCUCUGUCAAUGAUGUCACGAUUUAUACUUUGGGGGCUGUAAAUGUAAAUUUAUGGAAAAAUUGAUAUAAUUGAUGGGAUCUGCUAUGAACUCGUGAGACUGAUGUUCACUUUUUUUCUACAAAUGUACUCUUUUUUUGGCUUGUUGAAAGGUAAUACAGUUGUAUCGUUAUUG